CGAAAGAUUGAGCCGGCAUAUCAUCUUGAAAUUUACGAAGUCACCAUAGACACCUCGUCCAAAAAUAAAUGUGAGCACCAGGACUUGAACCCUGAUGGACUGGAGUUUGGCAGGCUGCUUGUGUCGCAUGGCCUCGCGGUCAUCGUCGUUCAGCGUGGCCUUCCGGCCGGCAACGCCACAGCUCCCGCGUCCUCCCUGUACGGCAACGGCGACGCUUCAGCCAGCCCCUUUCUCUCUUUCCACUACAUCCCGGAGCCGCCACUCCCGCACGGGGUGCCGGAGGGCGACCAUGUGGCCAAGGUUUUCGAGCUUACACGCGCUUCCAACCCUGAGCUCCGUGAUUUCCUCCGCGUCACCUCCCCGGCGGCCCUCCUCCUCGACUUCUUCUGCUACAGCGCCGCCGAUGUCGCGGCAGAGAUCGGCAUCCCGGCGUAUUUCUUCUUCCAGAGUUGCACGGCCAGCCUGGCUGUAUUGCUCCACCUGCCCGUCAUCCACGGGCAAAACGAUGUGAGCAUGCGUGACCUCGGCGGCGAGCUCGUGCACGUGCCUGGCGUCACUCCUAUACCGGCGCACGACCUCCCCGCUGCUUUCCUCGAUCGGAGCAGCCUGAGCUAUAAGCAUUUCCUCGCCUUGUCCGAACAGCUGUGCAAGUCGCACGGCGUUAUUGUGAACAGCUGCCGAUCCCUGGAGCCGCGCGCCACCGACGCCGUCGCCUCCGGCCUCUGCACGCCCCCGGGGCGCACGACACCGCCCUUAUUUUGUGUCGGCCCACUGGUACAAUCUGCGGAGGUAGCCGAGAAGCAAGGCGAAGAGUGCCUUGCGUGGCUAGACACGCAGCCGAAGGCCAGCGUGCUGUUCCUCUGCUUCGGCAGUAUGGGUCGGUUCAGCGCCGAGCAGAUCAAGGAGAUGGCGGCGGGUCUGGAGAUGAGUGGCCAACGGUUCCUCUGGGUCGUACGCAGCCCGCCGGGCGGCAACGAGCAGCCGGGCGAGCCGGAGCUGGACGUGCUGCUCCCGAAUGGCUUCCUGGACAGGACUAAGGACAGAGGGCUGGUGGUCACGUCGUGGGCGCCGCAGCGGGAAGUGCUGGCCCACGAAACAGUGGGCGGGUUCGUGACCCAUUGCGGGUGGAACUCGGUGCUGGAGGCGGUCAUGGCGGGUGUGCCGAUGCUGGGGUGGCCGCUGUACGCGGAGCAGCGGAUGAACAAGGUAUUUUUGGUGGAGGGGAUGCAGCUAGGCGUGGCGAUGGAACCAGGCCCAGAUGGCUUCGUGACGGCAAAGGAGAUCGAGGGGAAGGACACUUGGCUGAUGAGUUCUGAUGGCGGGAGGGAGCUUCGGGAGCGUACUUUGGUGGCCAUGAGAGAGGCAAGGGAGGCCCUCAGCGCCGGUGGGGAUUCCACGGCGGCACUUCUGCAGCUCGUGCAAAGGUGGAUCAUAUGACAGGCCUUUUUUUUUUCCGGUGGUUUGCAGGGAUCAUAUGAGACUAUCCAUGAUGGGAAUAACAUAGGUAGUAAUAUCAUACAUAUCUAGAUAGAAUAGAUGAUGUGGCAAGUAAUAAAUGAAGAAAGAGAAGAAAAUAGUAACAUAGCUAGUUACUAGUAGUAUGAGUAACAUCACACAUAUCAAGGCAAGAUGUGUCUAUAGCUUAAUAAAUGAAGUAUUGUAUAUUACCACACAUAUAUUACUCCUCACUAUAGAGAUAAUAACAUAGACUAGUAACAUGUUUAUGUUACUACUCUAUGUUACUACUCAUUGUGGCUAGUCUGGCAAGCUCUGUUUGCCUGCCCCUGCAUGCCAGAGCAGCCACACCUUCACUAGUUUGAUGUGUCGGUCAUGUUCUUUAUCAAUAUUCUCGUCAAUGUAAUCACACAGAAUUCUCUUGUGUCUUCCUGAGGCAAAUGGCCGGUUAAUUACAUUUCACGCCAUUAAAUUCGUGCAACCAAAUGUACCGCAAGAGUUGGUCUUGUAGAUGCAACUCUGAGUGCAUACACUCCAGAAACCUUUCGUAUUGAGGGUAUCGUUACAAGUAGU